AGCAUAUCGGCCUUGUCCUCGCUUUGCCAGCCUCUGGGCGCAGCCGUCGUGUUCUGUUCCUUGGAAUCUCUGUUGCGUACUCGAUGCUCUCAAAGCUGCCCAGUACAAAGUUUGCAAGCGUGUACGAAUCGCUUCCGGCAGAUGUACAGCAAGAGCUUGUCGACAAUCAUUUGAUACCCCUCCUAAACCAUGUAGAAAAGAAUCGCUCAAAAAUGGUGCUCGCUCGUGCUGCGGAGCUCAAGGCGCGACAUACAGGCAUGCCGACCCUCGAUCUCAGGUCCAAACGGAUCGAAGUCAACGCACUGCUUGACGAGCUGCACAGGGAUGCAAAGCGCUCGUUCGUCAAAGAACGAUCGCAACGGCACGAGCUGCUAAACGAGAUUGUGGAUAGCCUGACUGACUGGUUGAACGAUAUCUGGAGUGUCGUGUAUGAGCACAACGUCAACUUUGUGCAAGCGCAUAAAUGCCUCCUGUUCAUCGCUGGGACGCUGGAACACAUCAGCAGUGGGCGCUCGAGCUGCAAGUGCUCAUUUACGAACAUGUAUGUUAACGUGACGCUCAAGGCAAAAUCUGGCAAGCGCGUAAAGACGUUCGAGCUGAACGGUGCACAAAACAUCGACAUGAUCCUGCAGUUCAUCUGGCGAGACCUCUUCCUCAGCAUGCUCGCGACGAAUGGCCCGCGGCACAUUGGGCAGAUCCCGAGUAUGCUGGACGACAUCGAGGAGCUGCUGGGUUGGAGGGCCCUCGAACGCGUACUAUACGGCGGCAGGAAAUGCCCACAUGACGUUGAUGACGAGGAAGAUGAAAGUGAAUGGGAAUCAGCGUCAAUGUUUGAGUCGGAUUUGGACGACAGAGACGAGGGUGACGACGAGGACGAAGAUGAGUAUGACUAUGAUGAGGUCUUUGACGACAUGGUCGAUGGCCCGACACGUGCCAGACACUGGUCCUCUCGCAUCAGCAAUCAAAUGUCAAAGCUACGAGAGCAUAUUCAGGAUGUGUUGAUGGCGAUAUUCAAGGUGGCUCCCUCGCGGUCACUAUACCAAGCGCUCUCCAUAAUGUCAACCACGCCCGAUUUGAUGGAUUCGCAGCUUCUGGCGCGUCUUCAUGCAGUCGCAGCAAGCUGCUCGGAGACGUUCGUCGCGGCGCUGGACAUCUACUCGUACGUCGAGGACUCGGAAGCGAUCAUCGAUCUGCUCGACCAUUACCCACACCUCCUACGGCCGCGCGAUGCGCUCACGCUGCAGGGCGCCGUAUCCGUGCUUGGGCGGAGCGCCUUCUACCAGCAACGCGCGCUGCAGAUUAUCGAAAAGGAGCUGCUGAACACCGCACGUGAGCUGGGUGCCGCGCUCCUCUCCUCAUUCUCCCAGCUCGACGCCCCCGCGAACCAGGCUGAGCUUCAACAGAUCCUCAAGCUGCGCCACGCCGCGCCGGGCAGGCACGACCGCAUCGAGGAGUGGGUCGAUGCCGUGUCGACGCCUGGGCAGAACACGCCCGGCCCGAUGGCGUUCGCAGCGAUGAUGAUGGGCUUGCCCGUACCCAAUAUGGAUGCCGCAGAGGAGGCGGACCCGCUCGGGUACCUCGACUUUGAUCCCACUGAUCCGGACCUUGAGGACAUACGGGAAGAGUUCCGGCCGAAACUGAAGCAGCGGAUUGAGGGCUGGACGACUAGUGCACUCCUCAUCAAGAACGGGCAGGCUGUCUUGGUUGCGGUCGUUUCAGAAGUGAACGACAUGAUGCCGUUCUUGCAGGCGAGGGACAUCGUGGAUGAAAUAGUCGGCAGACUUGCGGAUAGGCCGAGCAAGCACUUCGUCUGUGACGGGCUCGAUGCGCUCAUGCAGUUCGUCAAGCAUCAUCGGAAGAUGGCGCCUGUCAAAUCAAGCUCCCGACAACGAAAGACCGCUGCAGGCCCCUCGGCUGGCGGCUUCACCCCGCCCGUGCUCGCUGAACCAAGUAGUCUCGAUGAUGUUGACUGAUUGACACGAUGGACUUCCGCACCUGUGCUUAGAGUAUUAUAAUAUCGUUGUAGCUAUAUUGUCCGCUUGUUACAGUUCGUCUUACUGGUCCUCGUUGGAGAAAAGCAUCCUUUAUUUAUGACAUGAAUCACUUGUACUCAACAAUAUGCAAACCGCUCCUACAUAUCGAUGUCCCUGUUGAUUCCGAGCAAACAGUACGCCGUUGCUGACGAACCUUCUGUUCUAGGUGCGGUCAUUAAGGGAAGGGUUUGAUGACCG